AUGAAUGCACCCUUUCCGAGCCACCAGUCCAAAGCUACUCCUUGGACAACUGAUUCCAUCUACGACGGAACUCAAAGCAAUUCACCAACGCUUCCAGUUCGAUAUGGAGAUUUCAUUUAUCAGUUUCCAUGUAGAUUGCAUCAGAUGUUGGAGACAGUGGAAAAGGAAGGCAACACGUCCAUCAUAUCGUGGCUGCCAGGGCACCCGCAAGAUACAUUCAAAGUCCACAGAAAAGAAGAGUUCACGGAGCAUGUGCUGCCGCGCUUCUUCGAUCAGACCAAGCUCAAGUCGUUUCUACGACAACUGAACGUAUGGGGAUUUGAACGAGUACUGGAUUCAGGUCCAAGACACGGAGGCUACCGCCAUUCAUUAUUCGUCAAGAAUCGGCCCGACUUAUGUGCUGGAAUGAGAAGAACGAAGAUAAAGGGUAGGAAGCAAGGAGAUCCAGCAGUGGGCUCGCAACAGCAGCUACCGGAAAUGGAACCACAGCAAAAUGAAUUACUAUCUCAUCCCAUCUUCGGUGAUCAUCGUCAAUAUCAUGGAGGACAACAGGAGCGAGGCGGAACAAAAAUGAACGAUAUCCAAGACGAAACCUCCUUCGAUACCAUUGAAUAUGAAAGGAUACCAGACAAUAUUCCUGUUGCCGCGGACCUAUCUCGCAUGUAUACAGAGGAAAUGAAAAAUACUAUUUCUGAUGACGAACACCCACUCCCCGCCCGCUACUUUUUUUAA